AUGGUCAAUGUUAGAGAGUUUGUUAUAUUUUCUACCUCUGUCGCAUCGUCUGUAUUUUUUAUGAUGGCAAUUGCGUUUGAUCGGGCAUUAUAUAUUAGAUAUCCUCUUCGUUAUCAAGAAUUGGUAACCGCCUCAAAAGCAAAACUUAUAGUUUUUAUGAUGACAAUCGCCUUUGAUCGAGUUUUAUAUAUUGGGUAUCCGUUUUUUUAUCAAACGAUGGUGACCUUUAAUAGGGCAAAAUUAAUAAUAUUUGCAGGAUGCGUAUUAUCCUUAGGUUUUGGAGCCUUGCCGUUAUUAUCUUAUUCAAUGGACGCAUGUUCGGCCUGUGCUAUGUUUGGUAUGACAAUAGGCGAUUUUGAACUUUAUGGAAACUUGGUGUCGUUUGGUAUAGUAUGCAUAUUGACAAGUAUUUGCUACGGUUAUAUUUUUAAAAUUGCAAGACGACAGAGAAUACAGUGUUGUAAAGAUAGUGCACCACACGUUAUGAAUCAGAUUGAACACGACAUAAAGCUAAUCAAGAUAUAUGUUUUAGUUUUCGGGAUAUUCUUUUUGAGCUGGUCACCAAAUCUGUUGGUUGUCAUUGUAGAUCGCUUUACUGAAUAUCCCAUUCCAGAGUUUGUAUUGAAUAUUACUAUUCCGAUAAGUCUUCUGAAUUCAGGGUUGAAUUUUCUUGUUUAUAGUGCCAGAAAUGAAGAUUUUCGGAAAGCAUUUAAAAGACUGUUGCUCAGACCUAGUAGAGUUGUUCCAGACAAUCCGGGAUCCCAAGCAUGACUGGUUUCUACUGUAAUUGUGCUAAAUACAUGGUAAUCGAUUCCACGUAGUUGACAGCUGAAAGAACAAAAUAAGCAUUGUUAAAUCAUUCGUCAUUCGGUUAGCAGAUCGACUUAA